CCUCUCACAUAACCCUAACUAUGAAGCUCCCACAGAAAUCCAAAGCGACGGAACAACCCUCGGUUUCGAAGCGGAGAGGUCGACCGUGUAAACAGCGAAGAAAACGCAAUGAAACAGUAACGGAUGAAUCCAAGAUUUCUAAGCCAAUUGCAUUGAUUGGCCGUUAUGUUUCGAAAAAGUUAUCGAAAAACGCUGUUUGCAUUGGUAAAGUGAUUAGCUACAAGAUUGGAAUUUAUAGAGUGGAAUUUGAAGGAGGUAUCUGUGAAGAGUUAAAUAGUUCUGAAAUUAGGAAGAUUAUGUUGGAGGACUUUGAUUUGGAUCAUGAUUUGAUUCGACGAAAAAAUGAAUUGGAUGAAUCGUUGAUGAGGAAGAUAGUCGAUGAAUCGGAUAAGAAUCCGAGCGAAUUGAAUGUGGAUGAGGAAGAGAAGAAUUCGAGCGAAUUGAAUGUGGAUAAGGAAGAGGAAAUGCUAGAUACCGACGCUGAUUUGAGUUCGGAUGUUGAGACAGCGGUUGAGUUGCCGCCACAGUUAGAAUUGCCACCGGAGUUGAUGCUACCGCCUUCUUCAGGAACUAUUGGUGUUCCUGAGAGUUCUGUUUAUGAUUUGUUUUCAGUUUACACAUUUUUGCGAUCUUUUAGUACAAGAUUAUUUUUGAGUCCGUUUAGUUUGGAUGAAUUUGUCGGCGCCCUUAACUGUGAAGUUUCGAAUACCUUGAUUGACGCUGUACAUAAUGCUUUGAUGCGGGCUUUGAGACGCCAUUUGGAAAAUCUUUCAGCUGAGGGCUCAAAGAUAGCAUCAAGAUGCCUAAGGUACAGUGAAUGGAGCUUGCUUGAUACAUUGACUUGGCCUGUUUUCUUAGUUCAAUAUUUAGCAGUUAAUGGAUGGACUAAGGGGUCUGAGUGGAAAGGAUUUUAUGACGAGAUUUUUCACGGCGAGUAUUAUUCAUUGCCUGCAACUAUGAAGUUAAAAAUAUUACAAAUUCUCUGUGAUGAUGUUUUGGAGUCUGAGGAACUAAGAGCCGAGAUCAACAUGCGUGAAGAAUCAGAGGCCGGGAAGAAUUAUGAUGCUGAGGAUAUUCCUCAUGCGGAAAAGGGACCGAAAAGAGUCCAUCGACGAUGUGCCAACACUGCUGAUUGCCAGGAUGAAGAAUCUAUGAAGUUUGUUUCAAAAUUAGAUGAUGUGAACUUACCUGGCAAUUCUGAGGACGAGGUUGAUAGAAAUGGAGAUGAAUGUCGCCUCUGUGGCAUGGAUGGGACCUUGCUUUGUUGUGAUGGAUGUCCUGCUGUUUAUCAUUCAAGGUGUAUCGGUGUGAUGAAGAUGUAUAUAUCAGAUGGGGAAUGGCAUUGUCCGGAAUGCAAAAUAAAUACAAUUGGGCCAACAAUUGCACGGGGGGGAACAUCUCUUAGGGGGGCUGAAAUGUUUGGAAAUGAUUUGUACGGGCAGUCUUUCAUCGGUACUUGCGACCACUUACUGGUGCUCAGUGGCAACAAUGGGGAAGUUUGUCGUAAAUACUACAAUCAGAAUGACAUUCCUGAAGUUAUCCGAGUGCUUUGUGCUUCCAUUCAACAUAGACCUGUAUACUCUGGUAUUUGCAUGGCGAUGUUACAAUAUUGGAAUAUUUCAGAAAGCUUCCAACACCUUUGUGUUCCAAAUGGAACACAUAUAAACUCAGAAAAUUCAAAGAUAGAUGAAAAAAUCUCUGCUACAUUACUUCCUCAUGUGGUUGAAAAUGACCAUAAAGGUGUUAGUUUAGGGAAAGCAGAAUAUGGUUUAACAUCUGUGAAUGGAGUCUGUAGUGAUAAUAUGGCCCCAUCUCUUGCACUGGUUACCAGUAGUCCCAUUUGUGAAACCAAUGGCAAUACUAACAAGUCAUCUGCCGCUAUUCCUGACAAGAGCACCUUGGUAAGCAAUCAAUUCAUAAAUUGUGGGCAAACUAAAGGUGACUUAGGUCCUGGAAAGUCUAAUGAUUUUGUGUAUAGGGGCUAUUCCUAUAAACAACAAGCAUAUGUUAAUACUUAUAUGCAUGGCGACUUUGCUGCAUCUGCAGCUGCUAGUUUGGCUAUUCUUUCUUCAGACGAUUCUAGACCAGAGCGUCACGUGUCUGACUUGAGGAAAGCUGCAUCUGAAAACACUAACCUGUUAGCAAAAGCAUUUUCACUAACAGCUUCACGCUUCUUUUGGCCAAGUUCUGACAAGAAGCUUGCGGAGGUUAUAAGAGAGAGGUGUGGCUGGUGCCUUUCUUGUAAAGCCCUUGUUUCAAGCAAGAAAGGAUGUAUGUUAAAUCAUGCUGCUAUAUGUGCUACCAAAAGCGCCAUGAAAAUCCUUUCUGGUCUUGCUCCUGUAAGGAGUGGAGAAGGAAUUAGCCCUACAAUUGCAACCUAUGUCAUAUAUAUGGAGGAAAGCUUAUGUGGUUUAAUAGAUGGGCCCUUUCUUAGCGGAAACUAUAGAAAGCAAUGGCGUGAACAAGUGGAAAGGGCCACAACAUUUAGUAACAUCAAGCCCCUUUUACUUGAUCUUGAGGAGAACAUUCGCACAAUUGCUUUUUGUGGUGACUGGGUGAAGCUUGCAGAUGAGUGGUUGGUUGAAUCUCCUACAAUCCAAAGUGCCACAUCUACUCUUGGAACAACACAGGAACGUGCACCAUGCGACAGAUGUAGAAAAUUACCUAUCAAAUAUCCAUUUGACACUUCCCCUGAAAACUUUGGCUGGUGGAAUGGCAAAUUUACCAAAUCUGUAUUUCAGAAAGCUGCAUUGCCAAAAUUUAUGGUCAGGAAAGCAGCUCGUCAAGGUAUUUCUUUAAGUACAUGUUUUACGUACAUGUUAUACUAUGUUUAA